AUGUUUUUGUUAAUCUUAUUAUGGUGUUUAUCAACAGACAGAAUAUUUGUUAUAGCGCAGAAUAAUAUUAAAUUUGAAAAUGUGACUCAUAGAAACUUUAUUUACAAUACGUACAAAUAUGACUCAUUGAUAAGUGUGUCUGUGAAUAGCUCAACUACUCAAAUACUCGACUUUGAUGAGGACUCUGACAAAUGGCAUGGUUACCCUACACGUGUCCACGCUUCGUUGAAUGAUAGUCUUGAUGGAGAAUAUCCAGUAUUCAUUACGGCUACACAACAAAAAGGAAUAUCAUCCUGGGAGCUUCCGCUGGUAGUGGCGACAAAAAAUGCCGUGCUACAGUUUGACGACAUGGCAAGGACACUGUGUCCUCAUGACGCUGGACCAAACACCACAGGCGAAAAUCGUCCAAUGAUUCAGAUAACAACCUCGAAUCCCCGCAACACAUCUGUGAAUAUCAAACUACGGCGCGUCUCUGACUUCUACGUCGAGCUCAAUAAGGAGGUGCAUCUCAAUGUGACACCGAGUACUCCGAAGUACUAUUAUUUCUCAUUCGACAAGGAUCCCCUCAACCAUACGAUGAACCAUGCCAUAUUGCCAAGAUUCAACUAUACUAUCCCGAAGAGCGUGAUGCUAACUAUUGAAUCGGACGACAACGUCUGCGCAGUGGUCUCCAUUCAGAACAACUCGUGUCCGGUGUUCGACAACGAAAAGGACAUGCUGUACGAAGGCUACCACCUCACCAUGACGACGAAGGGCGGCAUCAGUAUAACGCAAUCCAUGUUCCCGGUGGGCUUCUACGUGGUGUUCAUUGUCAAAGAGAGCAACUCCGACUGCACCGGGGAUAAUAAUAUGGACAGCCUCUCGAGUUUGGAGGAUUGGAUCGAGGACGGACGUGUCAAGAACUUCCGAUUCCGUGUGGUGCCGGCUUUGACCUACACGGAAUACAUAACGGGCGUUUUGGCGGCUUUGGGAUUGGUGUUUAUGGUUGCUGUGUUCGCGCCACUUUUGACUUACAUACGUUGCUCCUUUACCGAAGAAAUAACAGUUAUCGAGGAGGGCCCAGGUACUUCUUCGGCGAUCAGCUCUCAUCCUGGACCAAGCCAGACAGCGGUGCAACAGGAGGAUUCUGAUUCCGAACCCGACCUGGAGCCGGGGUCCGAGAGGGAACCUGUGCUGCCGAAGGUCCAGAUCGACCUUCAUCCGCCCCUGACGCUCGCGGGGCUCAGCAGGGCCAAGCAAACCGCACACAGUCGCCGAUCAGAUAGGUACUUUUGGAGUGCGCUCACCGUCGCCGUGGUGUACGCAUUGCCGGUGGUGCAACUGUUGUCCACAUACCAGAGCAUGGUGUUCCAAACGGGCAACCAGGAUCUGUGUUACUACAACUUCCUCUGCGCGCAUCCGCUCGGUUUCCUCUCAGACUUCAACCACGUGUACUCCAACGUGGGCUACGUGGUCUUGGGGCUGGUGUUCAUGGGGCAGACCUGGUGGCGCCAGAUCAGCUCUGCGAACCAACCGAAGGAGUUGGGCAUCCCACAACACCACGGCCUGUUCUACUCUAUGGGGUUGGCGCUGAUGAUGGAAGGUCUACUUUCCGCCUGCUACCAUCUCUGCCCUAACAAGAUGAAUUUUCAGUUCGGUGUUUUUUUGUCGUUGGAUAUAUUGACCGUGCUUUUAAUCUAUACGAAGGAGUUGGGCAUCCCACAACACCACGGCCUGUUCUACUCUAUGGGGUUGGCGCUGAUGAUGGAAGGUCUACUUUCCGCCUGCUACCAUCUCUGCCCUAACAAGAUGAAUUUUCAGUUCGACUCCUCGUUCAUGUACGUGAUAGCCGUGCUGGUGAUGGUGAAACUGUACCAGAACCGGCACCCAGACGUGAACGCGAGCGCCCACUCCACUUUCAUGCUCAUCGCCGUCGCCAUGUUCAUCGGUUAUUUCGGCAUAACCUAUCCGAGCCUGUAUUUCUGGGUGGUGUUCACCAUAUUGCACCUGACAGUGUGUUUCGUUCUCACAAUGAAGAUAUACUACAUUGGUCGCUUUAAAAUGGAAUGUUCGAUUCCGGCGCGGGCGUGGUCGGCGCUGAGGGAGCGCGGGCGCCGCGCGUUCGUGCCUCGCUACACUGCGCGCGCGGCUUUACUCGCCGCGGCCAACCUCGCCAACUGGGCGUUGGCAGCAUACGGGAUGUACGAGCACAACAAGGACUUUGCGCGUCACCUGCUCGCGAUCCUCAUGGGCAACGCGAUCCUGUACAUGCUGAGCUACGUUCUGAUGAAGCUGGUGCACCGGGAGCGGAUACCGGCGCACGUGUGGGUGCAGCUCGCGCUGGCGCACGCCGCUUGGGCCCUGGCGCUCAGGCUGUUCCUGGACUCGCGCACCAAGUGGUCGGAAACGCCGGCGCAUUCGCGUCAGCACAACGCCGCGUGUACUGCCCUCCGCUUACUGGACACGCACGAUCUGUGGCACUUAGCCUCGGCCGCCGCUCUAUUCCUCUCCUUCAACGCCCUGCUGGCUAUCGACGACCCGCUGGCCAACACGCCCAGGCACCUAAUACCUGUCUUU